AUGGCCUCGACAGAACGUGAUCAAACCCUCGAAACUCUCCUAAACGAACUGAACCAUCUCCAGAGUGCAACCGAUAUUACCGGAAAAACUGCUAGGGCAACUACUGGCAAGAAAGCAAAAUCAAAGGCACCUGCCCCUCCUAUAAGCCAAUCACUAGACGCACUACUAUCAAACCUACAUGAACUUAGAGAGAAAAUCGUCGAUGGCGGAACCUCAGCUGCCAAUGAGGACGAAUUCAAGGCAUUAGCAAAGACAGUAGACGACAAAAAGAAAGACAUUGAAGAGAGACAGAAGGAGGUCUACGCCAGCCUCGCACGAAUGGGUAAACUACUGGACAAGAAAUUCUCGAUAGCUCUGCCAGACACCGGACCCCUGUUCACAUCUGAGAAUGCAAUGGAAGCCCUGGAGAGGACGAUUGCAAUGCACCUAUUUCGGACAGGCUCCUUCAAUGUCGCCCACACUUUCAUGGAGGAAUCAUGCAUGGACACACCUCCAACGAAUCAUAAUCAAUUCGUAGACAUGCACCGAAUACUCACCGCACUUUCGCACAACGACUUUGAACCCGCUCUCACCUGGUGCGCAUCCAACCGUAAAUUUCUCACCGAACGACAAUCGACACUCGAGUUUGCCCUUCACCGUGCCCAAUUUCUUGCUCUACUACUCUCCCCAACUGACCCGGAUGCACGCCAAACGGCCAUCAAUUAUUCCAAGCAAUACUUCCCGGCCCUCUACGCGGAGCAUCGUCCAGCUAUCCAACGAUUGCUUACCUCGGUGCUAUUCGCCGCGCCAGGUCUAGCUGGGUCACCGGAGUACUGCGCUCGACUAGGACUGGGCGAACAAGUUCCUAUGAAAGUGGCUAUCGAUAUCGGUGGCUCGGGCGCACUGGCCAGAAUCGAAAAGGGCCGGAAGAUCAUAAAGGAUGCGAGAACAGGAUGGAGCACUGCAAAUGAGUUACCGAUCGAGAUUCCCCUUUUACCUCAGCACCGCUACCAUUCUGUCUUUAUCUGCCCUGUAUCGAGAGAACAAGCUUCCGAGGCAAAUCCGGCCAUGAUGCUGGAAUGCGGGCACGUCGUUGCGAAAGAAAGCUUGGGCAAACUUACCAAGGGCACAGCCAAUCGAGUCAAAUGCCCAUACUGCCCAAUCGAGUCCGACCCGAGCAGGGCGCUUCAAGUUCAUUUCUAA